AGGUGUUUUCGUCUUUUUUUUUUAAUAAACAUCUCCAACUCUCAAUGGCGCAGAAGUCACUACGCAGCAAGUCGAAGCAGAAGAGCGCCGGCGCUCUUCGUAAAUACGUGGGCGAGGCCAAGAAAAAGUCCACCUUCACAAAAACGAAGAACACCGCCGAGCACAAAGCCCGCGCAAACUACAUUAGCUCCGUUGAGGCGGCGAUGGCGUCCCGCGUGCCGUCCGAUCAGCGCUCGAAACUCUCUAUUGUGAAGUCUAGCGGAACGGGAGAGAAGAAGAAGCACAUGAAGAAGCCGCUGACGCGCGGCCGCAAGCGCAAGGCAGGCAAGCAAGGUUGA